UUCGGCACACGCACAUGUGUUUACAACUAAAUGUCAAUCUCACGUGGAAAAUAUUGAUACUCCAAGCAUCGAGAGAUUAACAUGCGGUGUGAAUGCAAAUUUGCAAGGGAUCUUUUGUAGACAAUAAGUAUAUCCACCGGUUUAAACAUGGCGUCUUGUUGUAGAUUCAGAUACCGUUGUUUACUGUUAAGAGCGACGAGUUCAUUAUAUAAGUUACAGAAUCACACCAUUUCAUUAAGUAGAACCAUUUCAAGUGGGAAUGGUCAUGAUAGUUCUGAACCCAGGAUUCCAAGACGAUUUUUGAAGAAGCUAGAAAAAUUGAAUACCAAAGAAACGAAAUAUGAAAUAUCCUUCUCAGAAAAACACACACCAAAUUCAUCCCAUGUGAUUCACGAUGAGAAACACACUCCAGAACAAGUGGCUAAACUUGUCAGAGAAUCAGUGACUCUGACAAAUGAUACACUUCCAGAAUUUCCAUCCGAUAUCAAAAGCUAUGAUAACAAAAAGAGACUACAAAGUAAUAAAGCGUACAGACCAGCGAUUGAUCCAUCAUUGACAUCAAUUGUUCUUUUUCAAGGACAAGGAAGUCAGUUUGUAGGCAUGGGGAAGGAAUUACUACCAUAUCCUGGAGUGAAAGAACUGUUUGAUAAAGCCAGUAGCAUUCUAGGCUAUGAUCUGUUGAAGAUAUGUUUGAAAGGACCCUUUGAGGAGUUACGAAAAACUGUCUACUGCCAACCAGCGAUAUUGGUUACGUCUCUGGCAGCGCUGAUAAAGUUAAGGGAGCUUCAUCCAGAGGUGGAUGACAAAUGUGUUGGCACAGCGGGGUUCAGUGUUGGUGAACUGUCAGCUCUAGUCUUUGCGGAGGUGCUUACAUUCGAAGAUGCUGUAGAACUAGUGAAAGUACGUGCUGAGGCAAUGCAGAGAGCAUCAGAGGAGAUACCUAGUGGUAUGAUGACAGUGUUCUGUGGGCACGACACGAAGCUGAACUUUGCCCUCCAUGCUGCCAAGGAGUACUGCCGUGUGAAGCUACAGAUGUCAAACCCUGUCUGUAACAUCGCCAACUAUCUCUUCCCAGAAUGCAAAGUUGUUGCAGGAAAUAUGGAGGCUCUCAAUUUCUUGGAACAGAAUCACCGAGAUUUCCGUAUCCGCCGUCUAAAAUGGCUCCCUGUGAGUGGAGCCUUCCACACCAACCUCAUGGAUUCGGCCAAGGCUCCAUUCCGGGACAAGCUGAAACAGAUGGAGCUGAAGAAACCGUGCGUUCCUGUGUACAACAACCUGAAUGCCAGUCGAUACAAGAACGCUUGGAAUGUCGUCGACUUGUUACCCAAACAGAUGUGUAACCCCGUCAGGUGGGAACAGACAAUGCAUGUGCUGUAUGCUCGAGAUCAGGGGAAAAACUUUCCGAAGACCUUCGAGAUCGGCCCUGGAGGUCAGUUGGGGGUGUUGCUGAAGAAAGUUAAUCAUAAAGCUGGGCUGCAACUUGUUCGAGUGGAUGUGUAGGAACGGUGUCGAUCUUUGGUCCUCUAUACAGGAUGUGCAAGGAGUCAAUGUCUGCUGUGUGAAGAUACCAUUUUGCAACCUCAGUUGGUAUAUUAUAUUAAUUGUAUGUUUGUUUGUUUAGUGUUGCACUCAACUGUAUUCCAGCUAUAUGACAGCUGUCUAUGAAUAAUCAAGUCUGGACCGGACAAUCCAGUGAUUGACAUUGUGAACAUUGAUCUGCGCAGUUGGGAUACAAUGAUAUGUAUCAUACAAGUCAGCUGGGCAACCUACUGGUCCGCUUAAUUCAAGCAUUGGCUGCUGAAAACUAGUUCUAACCAGGAUUGUAACCUGAAUCUUCACACAUUUUAUGAAUAAAACCAUAUUGAAA